GCAGCUCUUCAACGGCGCCGCUAGCCGAAAAGAUGGCGUGUCCUGCGCCCGAUGCAACGGUGGCUGCGGACCCCGGAGGAGCCGGACCGUUCAGGAGCUCCGAGGAGCCGGAGGGUCGGGAACCGGACGGAGUACGCUUCGACCGCGAGAGGGCGCGCCUCCUGUGGGAAGCUGUGUCCGGUGCGCAGCCGGCCGGGAGGGAGGAAGUGGAACACAUGAUCCAGAAGAACCAGUGUCUCUUCACUAGCACCCAGUGUAAAGUUUGCUGCGCCAUGCUGAUUUCUGAGUCUCAGAAGCUAGCACAUUACCAGAGUAAAAAACAUGCCAACAAAGUGAAGAGAUACCUAGCAAUCCAUGGAAUGGAGACACUAAAGGGGGACGUGAAGAGGCUAGACUCAGAUCAGAAGAGCAGCAGAAGCAAAGACAAGAACCACUGCUGCCCCAUCUGUAACAUGGCCUUUUCCUCCCCUGUUGUGGCUCAGUCGCACUACCUGGGGAAGACCCACGCAAAGAACUUAAAGCUGAAGCAGCAAUCCACUAAGGGGGCAGCCUUGCAGCAGAAUAGAGAGAUGCUAGACCCAGACAAAUUCUGCAGCCUCUGCCAUUCAACAUUCAACGACCCUGCCAUGGCUCAACAACACUAUAUGGGGAAAAGACACAGGAAGCAGGAGACUAAGCUCAAGCUCAUGGCGCACUAUGGGCGGCUGGCGGACCCUGCUGUCUCUGAGUUACCAGCUGGAAAGGGCUAUCCCUGCAAGACAUGUAAAAUAGUGCUGAACUCCAUAGAACAGUACCAAGCUCACGUCAGUGGCUUCAAACACAAAAACCAGUCACCCAAAACAUUGAUGACAUUCGGAAGCCAGAUGCCAGUGCAAACACAACCCACUCCAAAGGAUUCAAGCACAGUGGAAGACUAGAGCUGUCUGCUUGGUCAGUCUUGGUGGGACAGCCACAAGCCAGUUCCUGGUGACUGUGGUUAGCCCAUAGCUCCUCCCUCCUCCUCUCUUAUAUCAGAAGAAUAUGGAGGCACAAAGCCAACUUGGGCUGCAGAUCUGCAGAUGGCCCCUGACAGCUCCUCCUGCCCCUCCUCUUUAGCAUGGCCCUGUGGUCACGGCAGGAGACAGGGCACUGGGAAGACUGAGGUGGUGGUGUAGAGGUUGGCCUUCCCUGCCCCUCCGGGUGUAUGUCCUACAGUCCCAGUGUCUGUUUUCUCUCUCAAGGUCAGUUGGGAGCAAGGUCCUGCAGAAAAGGGAGAGCACUGUCUCUGGGCUCCAGGAAGCUUGGUGUAGAAACUUGGAGCUCAUGUGUCAUUCCCUGUCCCUCAAGUAUGCAGGCUUGCUUGGUAUAGAUCCUGCCAACCAUGAAGUCUCCUGGAACACACAAAGACUUGGCAGAGCACUGCCAUCUCUGCUGCCUGUCUCUCCAGUUCCCAAGUGGUGCUAGGCAUCUACAGAAGCUAGGAGCUUGAGGAGACCCCAGUGCCCAGUGGGAUCAUGGGAAGCACCUAAGGGAGUCUUUGUCCAGAGGUGCUCCAACCAGGGUCAUGUGAGAAAGUCUCCCUCCUGCUAUGUUCCUUGAUUCUGUGCCCUUAUAGGUAACUGCCUCCUGACAGCCUACUAAAAGAUCACUUGGUGUUAGCUCUAUGCCCUUGUGUAGUGGGCUAUCCCUUGUGUAGUGGGCUAUCCCUUGUGUAGUGGGCUAUCCCACCCCGUUUGCUGUGGUGCUACCCCUCCCUUGUCAUCCUCAAGAAGAUUCUAGGGGAACUGAAAAGGAAUGUAGAACUAGUGCAGGUUCUACAGUAAGCAAAGGGUCCCUAGACCCUCAACUGAGAUUCCUACUGGGUUUGCAUCCUGGGAAUCCACUGCAGUGGGGUCUCAUAUGACUGUGGAGCAGGGCUUCCAGGAAGUAUCCCUAAAGCUUUUAGAGAUAAGAAGGUUUCCUUGUUAAUGCAAUUGGGUACCAUGUAGGGAUGGGGCAGGGCUUAAACUCUUGUUCUUUGGUCACACAACCAUCCAAAUAAAGAAUUUCUUGUGUGACUCAGGCUGUAACCUCAGCCCUGGUUACAGCCAUGUUGAUACUGCUAUGGCCCCCAGUGUCCUCAGUAACCAUCUCACCCCAGGAAAAGUCUCCCUGGUGCCCAACCCCAAUCCAGCUUAUCCCCCCAGCUAUCCGAUUUAUUCUUGCAAUAGUCACUCUGGCUACUGAGUGGAGGACUGCAGAGAGGCCAGUAUAGAAGCUGUGCCUAUAAGGCUGUUUGUCCUGGGGUAGUUCUUCAAGGUAGAUGUCCACUAACCUUGUGUCCAGGAUGCUGUGUCUGUUUGUUUGUUUGUUUGUUUGUUUGUUUUUCGAGACGGGGUUUCUCUGUGUAGCCCUGGCUGUCCUGGAACUCACUCUGUAGACAAGGCUGGCCUCAAACUCAGAAAUCUGCCCGCCUCUGCCUCCCAAGUGCUGGGAUUAAAGGCAUGCGCCACCACUGCCCUGCCCAGGAUGCUGUUUCUUAAGUUGUGGAUAUGUGGGUGAUUGGGUGGCAGUGUUUAAAGACAGGUGUCCUUUCUCACUCCACUUAAAGAGCUGUAGAGGUUCCCACGAAGUUCUAGGCUGUCUGGUCCUGGGGAGAGCCUUUCCUUUCACUGGAAAAUAGCAGGGCAGAGAGCAUUACAGCUUGGAAACUGAUGCAGAUGGGCCAGGCCAAGCACCGAAGCCCCAGUUCCUUGCAGCACAUGUUCUCGGCACCUGUCCCUAGCCAGCUCCUGACUUAAGCUCUCGACUCCUAGAGUAGGAUCUCUGCUCUCAGCUCCCCAACUGUAGGCCACCUCAGCAGUCUCCCUGGGUUCUGUGCAGCCUGGUGUGUCAGAAUUAGUAAAGAUUGUGAGGUAGGGAAUUGAGGUCAUGAAUGGGCUGACUGGCCAUUAACCCUUGUCUUAUGAGACCUCUGUGUUUACAUAGAUUCAGGAGGCCCUACCAGCUGCAUGUCUAGCAGUGUGGGUGUGGAAGCCCUAGAAGUAGCUCACUGUUGCCCUUUGGAAGCUCACAUACUUGAAAAUUAGGAUUUGGAGAGUCAUAUGGGGCAUUUGAGAGUGUCCAGGACGAAAGCAGUAACAGCCUGAAGUAGAAGGCGGAGAGAGAUACUGCUGGUCUGUGUAGCUUUGGGGGUUUGUUUUCUAGUUUGUUUCAUGUAGCCCAGGCUGGUCUCAAACUUGUCAUUUAGGAGGCUAGCCUUGAGCUGCUGAUCCUCCCACCUUGACCUCCCUAGUUGAGGGUUGGUAGGCAUGCGCGCCAUGUCUGUUUUCAUCCCUGUGUGUCUGGUUGCCUGGUUUGGUUUGGUUUUUCAGGACAGGGUCUCAGUAUGCAGCCCUGGCUGUUCUGGAACUCACUCUGUAGGCCUUGACCUCAGAGAUCCGCCUGCCUCUGUCUCCCCUCCCAAGUGCUGUGAUUAAAGGCUUGAGCUACCAUGCCUGAGAAGUGUUUUUAAUACUAUCUCAUAGUCCUUUAUUUGAAUCAGUCACAGCCUACCUUUGUACUGUUGAACAGUUGUGUUGUUUUUCCUUGAGGUUAUCUCGAAUAAAGCUGCUGUAAAAACUA